UAAUGUAGAUGUUAUUGACUCUUUUGGAGUUCAGACCUUGUUUUGACCUUAAGUCUCUGAAGGAGAAUGCAUUCUGUCACUGUACAGGAACUUUCCUCUGUUUUAAGAACUGUGCAAGCAUUCACAAAUACUUUUAUUACUACUGGGAUACAUAGAGAAUGAAACAAAAGUUUGGGAAAAUAGAGAUGCACUAAAACUAUAGCAUGCAUGUUUUGUUUUUUUUAAGUUUACAAAAUUGCUACUUUUUGUGCUUGUGCACAUAUACGUUUAAGUAUGUGAAUUAGCUGUCAUAGAGCCCUUUGGUGUUGGUGAGAUGCAGAGAUUUGUGUUUGAACAAGCAGUCAUGGGACUGAGACAACUACUCCAAAUAUACCAAAUAAUUACAUUUGUAGGCAAGUUGAAUUUUUCCACUCUGUAUAAACUAGAUUGUUAUUUUGGUUUCUGACUUGCUGAAACUGGGUAUUUUUAGAUUUUAAGUUUGCUUGCUUUCCUGUAAAAGUACCCUAUCUGAUCCUUGCUGCUGUGUCUUAGUGCUUGCCAUUUAAACUGGAAAUCCUUUCAAAAGUCUGUUUCCUUCCCCUGUAGUUGCCAUAUUAUGUUUUCUUAUAGGAUGUUAACUCACUGUGACUUCCUUUUUCAAUUCUUGUGUAGUAAACUAUCAAGAAUUCUUGACACUACUGUACCACUAAAAGAAAAUGCUACAAACCAAAAUGCUGUUUCCGAAUGGUGAAGGAUUUCUUUGCUUAAUUAAAAAUUAAAAAUAAGAAAAAAACAGCUUAACAUAACUUGUGAAAUGGUUUCCAGUGGAAAAGCAGGUAGCUUUCAGUAAAGCAGAACUGAAAUCAAGUCAUUAAAUAUGCAGGGAUUUGAAAAAUCCAUGUUAUCAGUUCAUGUGGGAGAAGGAAAAGAAAACUAAUGAAGAAAUAUUUUUUUCCUAGAUUUUUUCAUUUGAUACCUGUGAAUUUUCUGCAAUCCAAAGAUGGCAGCAAAUAAACCUAAAGGACAGAAUUCACUGGCUUUACACAAAGUCAUCAUGGUGGGAAGCGGUGGUGUAGGAAAAUCUGCUUUAACACUACAGUUUAUGUAUGAUGAGUUUGUUGAAGACUAUGAGCCCACCAAAGCAGAUAGCUACAGGAAAAAGGUGGUUCUGGAUGGGGAAGAAGUCCAAAUUGAUAUAUUGGAUACAGCAGGGCAGGAGGACUAUGCUGCAAUUAGAGACAACUACUUCCGAAGUGGAGAAGGGUUUCUUUGCGUCUUCUCUAUUACAGAGCUGGAAUCCUUUGCGGCGACUGCAGACUUCAGGGAGCAAAUCUUAAGAGUAAAAGAAGAUGAGAAUGUUCCUUUUUUGCUAGUUGGUAAUAAAUCAGAUUUGGAAGAUAAAAGACAAGUUUCUGUAGAGGAAGCAAAAAACAGAGCUGAUCAGUGGAAUGUUAAUUAUGUGGAAACUUCUGCAAAAACACGAGCUAAUGUUGACAAGGUGUUUUUUGAUUUAAUGAGAGAAAUUAGAGCCAGAAAAAUGGAAGACAGCAAAGAAAAGAACGGGAAGAAGAAAAGAAAAAGCCUAGCUAAGAGGAUCAGAGAAAGAUGUUGCAUUUUAUAAUCGAAAGCUUGGAUUCCUUCCUAUCCUGACCAUACUAAUAAAAACCAUAAUUUAUAAGCAUGCCAUUGAAGGCUGAAGUGACUGAAAUUACCCUAACAUGUUGGAAAAUGUAAUGUACCACUAAAAGCAUGAUUUGGAGCUGCACUGAAAGCCAAAUUCACUGAAAACAAAUUAUGUGGCUUCAAGAGAAGCAAAGUUCAGUCCAUUUCAUAAUUGCCUACCUUCUCACAUUUCUUCUGAAUGUAGUGUUUCAUAGGUAGUCUUUUCUUUAAUAGCGGACAGAGGGGCAAAGUAUUACUUUGUGGGUUCUUAUAAAGCAUACUUUUUUAUCACUGGUAUUUGUCAAUUCAUCUUGUCUUUUGUUGCCUUGAAAAUUACAAUUGUGAACAUGAUACCUAACAAAGCAGUAUGCAGCUGUUUUGCCAUGGAGUUAUGCAAAUUAGAAAAGAAUAAUGUAUAUGCGAACAGCUAUGUUGAGGAAAACUAUAUGUGGUUCUGCAUUACCUGAUUAACUUAGAAGAGCGAUGUAAUCUUUUACAUUGAAACAUUUGAAUAUGCCUUAAUUUUAAAACCCAAACAUAGCAGGUCGCUUAAUCAAGGGUGUAUUUUCAACUCUGUUGCAUGGAGACUGUCCCUGUGCAUCAGUGCAAGACUGCCCUCUGUGUGGAGUGCAGUUAUGUGGAUGAUUUCACUCACUAGCUGUCUGCUAGCAGUGUCUGUUUUUUAAAUGUGUGCCAUACUCUGGUAAUGUGAAUAAUACAGAGCAUAUUCUGUCAUCUGUAACUUGGUAGACAAUAUGGUAUCUUAAAACUAAAAGGUCAGAAUACACAUAAGAAUAAGACUGAAGUAAUAUGUCUAUGGCACAUCUAAACCCGGAAUGGUUGUUUAAAAUUUAACGUGCUGGUACCUUGAAACUUCCCUUUUGCACAUAGAUUUUUUGUCUAGAUGUUCCUUGGGUUUUAACUCCCUGGAAUUGGGUGGAGUGGGGCUGAUCUAGUAGCGCUUACGUGUUUUGAGUUAAGAUGUUGUCUAGGAAAUUCUGGUUAAUUUCUUUUGUGUUCCUAAUACUUAGCUAUUGGAACAUGGUGUGUUACGCUGAAGCUCUUUGCAGGUUUUGUACUGUUUAGUCUAUGUUGAUUUUCAAAUGGGGAACAGUGUAGCUACUUUUUCUAGUUAAUGUUGAUAUCAAACAAUCAAACGUGCUUUGCAAUACAGAAACCUUUAACAUGCACAUCCAAAAUCCCCAAACAAAACAUACUGCCUCAGUUGCUUCAGAACAACAAGAAUACUAGCACAUGGUUAGUGUGCUACAUCUUAACUAAAAAUAUACCAGAAUGUUUGAGGGUUUUGGACUCCUGGGGUGAGACAGGCUAGAUCAAUUCCACAAACGGUUAUACUUUUUAUACAUGUAUAAGCCUAUAACUGACAGUUUAAAAUGUGCUCAAGCAAACUAGGUAACAAAUAUUUAACUUUCAUGCUAACAGACGUUCUAGGGACUCAAGACUUAGGAGUUAUAUUUGUCAUGUUCAAUAUUUAUCAGUAGGAAUUUUGUAUGUGCAUUUAGUAGACUGCCAAAUGCAGAAUAAAAAUUACUCAUGUGACUGGCAAAUAUAAGCCAGUUUUCAUCUUACUGUGUACUCAUUUGGGUCUAUUUAGCCAGGGAGUCUAACCACUAACAUUGUGACUUUGCUUUGGAACCUGUGUACUGGGAACUGAGGUGUUAUGAAGCCACUAGACACACAAAACUUGUCUUGGCUGAUGCCUUAUCCUGUUCUUUUAUUUGCUAUUUGAGCCAUUGAAAGAUGAAUAAACUUCCAUUUUUCUAAAAUA